AUGAGACUGGCUGUGAAUCCUUACAAUGACAACUCACUCAACUGUAAAGCGAACUAUUUCUAUAAGAAAGGCAUUGCAAAAGUUUUUCAAUUUUCAAGUGACGCAGGUAUGAUGGGGAACUUUGGCUUUGGACGACCACGCUGCGGCGUGUUCGCGUCCCAACUUAUCGUGUCGUAACCAUUGCUGGAAAACAAUGCAUUUCGGGUGGAAGUAUCUUCCAUUGAAUUAACAGUUCGUAUCUUUGUAGUGAAUGUAAAUUUGGAUUAUUUGUAGUGACAUGUAAGUUUCUAUGUUUUACUGAAUGUAGAUGAUGAAGAAAGGAAACUACGAAUGACCAUACCAAUGUGGAUUUUUUUUAUCAUGCAGAUACGUCUGUAAGCGAUACUACACAUUUUUAUAUUAAAAAUUGACCCCUUCGGCAAGACCCACCACACUUUUGGAACACCGGUCCAAUCGCUCUUAACCAACUGAGCUACCGAAGCUUAUCAGAAGCGUGCGAAUUUUUCCGUUCCUGCCUUUUUUGUUUACAUGCCUUUUAAGGUACAAUAGGAGCAGCCAGCAGAGUUCUUGAUAAAUCGUUACGCUUUUUUAGAUCACAAUUCGGUUUCCAACAAUUUUAUUAGCAAUCUUUCUCUCGUAACUUCAUCGAUUUGAAACCUGAUUUCUUGAUUUUCGCUCGAUGGGGAAAAUCACGAGCAUAGGUCUAAAACGCACUUUAAAAUUUUGAAACAAUUUUUGUACAGAUGUUAAAAACAUGAAAUUAUACAUUGCGAUAGGUGAAGAGUUUGCUUAUUCUUUUUUUUUUUGUAAAAUAUUUUGAACAUGGGUUUUCUCUAAAAUUAAUCAUCUAUUUCAAUUUUACCCCAAAGUGAGUUAAAAUUUUAAAUUGAUAAGCAAGCGUGUGCAGGGGCAGGCAUAGACGGCAUUAUGCAACAUCACGCCGGGAUCACGGGAUUGUUUCCUAAAACAGAAUUGAAGCCCUGUUUGAAUUAACGAGACCAUACACUCCGCCACUCAUCCGCCAAAUGAAAGUAGACACAAGUAUUUUGAUUGUUUCUUGUGCAACUGGCUCUGGUUGAAAGUAAAAAUACAGGCGUGUAAUAAACUCGUAUUUUCGGAUGUCCGUUAAAUUUAUUUAACAAUCUUAGUAUUUAGGAAAGCUUUUGUAUAUAUAACACCUAUUCGCGUAAUAAAAAGAUAUAAAAAACAUUAAUUAUGUAUGUAUGUGCACAUAAAUAGGUUAUCAUACAACAGACAAAACUAAACAAAAAAAUGUUAUGUACAAAGAUGAACUUAUCCCUAAAAGGGAUCUCUUCCAGCUAACUUUUAAUUAUAUUAUCUUAAUUAUAUUGUCAAGAAACCUAAAACCGCGUGACUACGAUGAAUUCGCAUGACUGCUUAGAGCUAAACAGAAACGCGUGCAGGAACAAUGUUUUCAGCGUAUCACGCAAAAGACGGAAUUUUACAUAAAGCGUUCCCCUAUUUUUUUUUCUAAGAAAGCGUAGGGAUGGCCGUAUGGCCAUACGUUGGGACGACAGAAUGACGUCAGAGACAAGACCCACAUUGCAGGGUAGCAUGCACGGGGCCCAAGAUAGAGCGGCUUGGAGAGCACUGGUGAAGAGUGUCCACAGUCGUCGCGUCCGUCAGCCAUGAGGAUAGGACAAGGAAGAAGAUAAUUCCUUCUGGAAGUUUCUAAGAGAGGAGAAGCUAACUACUCUAGUACUUUUAAUUUGAACGAUCGUACCUAUACUCGUACCUAACAAUGGCAAGGACAUUUGCGAUGCGUUUAACAAUUUCCUGCGCCGAAAGCCUCACAGUUCCCCUAACCUUUAUUUUCUGUCUAUCACUAAAGUAUUGCAUUUUUCCUUAUUUAUGGAAAAAAUACCAAAUUAUCCCUGUUUACAGAAAGUGAUCAAAAACCAGUAUAGUUAAUUAUAGACCCAUAUCUAUCCUCAGUACCAUGAGUAGAAUAUAUUCUCUCAUAAGUAGUGGUAUUUCAAAUACUCAGCAUGGUUUCUUCAAAGGACACUACAGUUACAAUAAAAAUUACCUACAAUAGAGACAAGAAGACUAUAUAUCUGAAUGUACUCGUUCGUACUAGAUGCUCACAUAAGAAAAAGCAAUCGAACAAGUUUACACUAUGUCUGUUUUACUACUGAUGUGGAACAGCGGCCUAUCCCCCGGGGCUUGCAUUUAUCUACCCAAUAAAACUCCGAUGAAAACACUCGAUGACGUCCAAUAUGAUCCGGGCUUCCCGAAGGGUCCUUAUGCGCAGUCACAUCAACUAUUUUGCUUUAUUACGCCAUGUUGUACGGCUUUAUGGGCCCAUCUGAAGUAAUAGGAUUUGUUCUGCACAAAUUCGUCCACAUUUCACUUUCAUACGUGAUUUGCUAGGCAAUCUUAAGCUAACACUUUACUGCGUUUGUUCUUUGCACUGCUUACUACACAAGGGUUUGGAAUAGUUAUGUUUCCGUUCUUUAUUUUAUGAUAAUUUUUCUGGUAUUGCACUGACUUGUUUAUUUUGAAAUAAAAUAAUAGUCAUAGUGCAACGUGAGUAAGUGAGAUAUUGGAAACGAGGGGAGAUAAUUCCCGACAGUCGCACAUUGAUGGAGGGAAUUAAAGGCCCGAGUUUGCAAUAUUCUUACCCCCGGAGUUCCACACAAUGUUUAUCAUCACACUUGCGAAGAAAAAUUAAAGCGAAAUAAUUCUUAAAUACGGUGACAUUCCAAACAUUCGUCCGACAUAUUGACAUUUUUUAACAGGUUAGGCAUCAAAAGCACGCCACGCAUUCAGCCACGAUUGAAAAAUUGUUCUAAAAUAUUUGAAACGGCUAUUAAAUUAAUCAAAUUAAAUAUAUGUAUAGAAAAAUUAUAAACGUCAGUAUUUUAAAAGUAAAAGCGCAUUUAUGUUUGCCUACCUCCUUUGUCUUGUUAAACUCAGACUCAUUGGAAAUUGACAAUGUAAUCGUGAGUCUUUAAUCUGAUAGCGCUCCCGGAUGGGAUGGUCUCACCACACGCUUCCUUAAAUUAGCCAGGCCAUUGAUUGUACCUAUCAUAAGUCAUUUAGCAAACCUUUGUUUCACACAUGGCGUAUUUCCUAGUCCGCUGAAACAAUCAAUUGUAACUACGGUGUACAAGGGUGGUGAGAGAGACAGUGCAAACAACUACCGACCAAUCUCCGUCUUACCUGCUAUUCGAUGGGACCCAUGAGGAAUCAUGAUGGGAACUUCUCAAAUUUAAUAGCGAGUUUUGUUAUUUGUUAAAAAAAAUUUUUUUAAUCAACAAAUAAAGACUCAAACUUUGCAGAAUUUUAUUUGGAUUAAGCCACAUUCAACGGGCAUUUGAGUGCAGUAGAUACCGAUGGCGGCGAAUCUAGCUCAAAAUAGCCGAAAUAUCGAUUCACGAGACUAUAACAAUGCGAAAUAAAUUUAACAGAGUAAUGCUUAUAAUUCAUUGCAGUUUGGAUUGGAACAUCUUUGCACAUUUUUCCCUAGCAGUAUUAUUUCAAAAAAAUAAACGUGUCAGACUAACUGGCUUAAAUCAACGCCCAGCCCAAAUCGUUUGACCUAGAAAAUUUAAUUUAUAAAACGCAAGGAAACAGACCAGACAAAGAAGCGAUUUUGAUAAAUUCAACCCUUAAGUGGGUUAUUAAGGGGAUGAAAGUGUGUAUGUGGAACAAGUUUUAUUAAAGCAAUUUUUUAUAAAAGGUAACGUAUUUCCGCUUUUUUGAAAAUUCAUUCUCCAUAAGGAGUGAAAAGAGGUUUGUAUCGGGAGCAAUUUCUUUUAAAUUUGGGACUUGAAACUUUGCAGAAAGACACGUGCAAUAUUAUAAAAAAAACGGAUUUCAGCAUUUUUGAAAAGGCGUAAUAAUGAAAAAUCUUCCUCUAGGUGAGAGGAUGUUGAAAGUUUGUAUCGAGAACAAAUAUUUAUUUGAUUGAGGAACUUGAAAUCUAGUAGAAAGACAUUAUGCCAGACAUAUGUCACGUUUUGUCAAAUUAUUAACCCCACUACUAUUUUUGCUUCAAUAUAGAAUUACAACAACCGACAUAAAAAUUCACGCGUAACCUAACCUAACCUAACCUAACCUAAGCAUUCCUAAAUAUAUUUCGCCCUCUCUUUCACAUACUUUAUUUCUGUCUGCUAUAACUAUAUCCUGAUACAGGGAAAAAAUAUCUAUGUGCGUAAAGCUGCCAGACCCACACAUAUCGGCAAAGCCAAACGACGUACAGCUGUUGGCAAUGUUGCCUACAGGCGCGAGUUGAUAGGGGUCCGCGUAAAUUAUUAACAAGUCUGCAUGAAGGUGACGGUUAAUGAUAACGUUAACUAGAUUUUGUAAUAGAGGCAGCUGAGAGCGACCCGGAGUUAUGUCCCGCGCGAGACGGGCAGCGGAUUAAAAAUGCAACUCUUCAAAACGAGUUCAAUUCGGCAUGGGCUUGGGCGACGCUGGCGCAACCGGCGAUCCCGCCAGUGUUGUUAUGACGCCGGGACCGCGUGGUUGACUCCGUCACUCGGACUGCUCGCCAUUUACUGUUACUAUAAGUAAAAUAGGCAACCUGUAUUACACAUUUUGAACCGAGUGCUCGUGAUCUAAGUGAUUAAAGGAUAUUGCCAAUUUUGAUGAAUGGAUUGACUGCAGCACCGACGUUUAUAAAGCAGGAACACAGCUAACAGACAGGGACGCUACAAACGUCAGUAUUUACGUGGAGAGAAUAAAGGAUAAUAGCACAUUGUUAGCAAGGGUGUAAAGGAUGGCGGGGGAAGCCCCGGGCUCGCUGCACGGGUGGGGCUGCACCCCUACCGGGGACACGCCGCCAACCGUAGCGGGUGAGCAGGCCACCAAACCGGCAUGCCUGCCAGUUUUGCUCAGAGGCUGGCGGAAGACUGCCCUCUACUGCAUCCUAGUGUUCCUCAUGGUGCUAAUUUUCCUAAAUAUCGGACUCACCCUAUGGAUCAUUAGUAGUUUGAAAUUGAGAAUGGGUGGGUUUGGUCCAAUGAACAUAGUAAAAGGUGGUAUAGAGCUGCAAGGACAGGCAUUUGUAAUGGACAACUUAAUCGCCUCGUCAAUAAGUUCACGCGCUGGGCAGCCUGUAACGCUGCACUCGUACAGGAACUUCAGCAUACUGGUCACCGAGCCCGAGCGAAAGGAAACCGCCAAAUUGGUACUCAAGAGAGAUAGCAUUGAAUGCAGCGGACGCAUGUUCGAGGUGCGUGACGCGCACGGCGGCGAAGUGUUCCGUGCGUCCCGCGACGAGGUGCGCGUGUUCAGCGACGUGCUGGCAGUGGACGGGCCCGGCGGGCUGGCGGUCAGGACGGCCGUGCAGGCGCCCAGCGUCAGGGCGCCGCCUGGAUCUGACCUGCAGUUGGAGUCUCUAACGAGACACCUGGAGCUGACAGCGCCGCAAUCCAUACACUUCGAGAGUCGAGCGGGUGGCAUUGAUAUCACGGCUCACAGCAAUAUCAAACUGGAUUCUGUUGUAGGCGCCCUAAUAAUCGACACUCCGAGUAUUUUCAUCUCAAACCUUAAAGAGGCUAUGAAAGUAGAGUCCGCGCCCCCGACCAAACACUUUCGGCCGCAGAAAGUGUACCAGCUGUGCGCCUGCGCGUCGGGCAAACUGUUCCUCGCCGCCGCCGACGCCUCCUGCGCCGCCAACAACGCCGACACUGACUUUUGUAGAUGAUAAACAUAAUUUACUAAUUCAAAAGCAAUAAAUAUUCAAUAAAAAUCCAAUCCGUACACAAUUACUAUCUGAAGAAAAUUUGUGAUUUUAAUUCGAUAUGUGCGAGAAGGACAAAUACUUUAGUCAGGCACAAAAGAGAUAAUGCUAUUUGGUUCAUUCUGAAUUCCAUUCCAUCUUGAAUACCUGUUUUAAAGUUUGGUAAUAUAUAUAAAAUAUAAUUAUAUUAAUACACCCUGUAUAAGAAGAUGGUUAAAAUAAAACUUAGUGGAAGAAUAGUAUUUAGGUCAUGUACUUUGCACAAUGCACAAUAAUUACAUUUAGUACAAAAGUGUGAUCAUAGAAUACUGACAAAUAGAAAUUUAAUUAUAAAAUUAUGUAUAAAGCUUGUAUUUUAUCGCCUCAGAGUUUUAGAAAUAUAAUUAUGCAGUUUUUAAGCAAAA